AGGAUGAAAAAUAAUUUUCCAUACCUCCCUCAAAGGUGGAAAAACCUUUUUUCCAUUAGAAAGGGAAUAAAACACUUUUCAUCUUUCCUCCUUACCUCCCCCUCCCUUCUUACUCUAAAUCUUCACCAUCUUCUCCCAUUUUAUUUUGAGGAACCAAAUAAUGUUUUGAACAAUCAGAGAACCGGUUGUUGUGAUGUUGGUGAAAGCUAUGAAAAACCCAAGAAGUGGCUACUGCUGAUGCUAAUUUUGCAUACAACUAUAGUUACAACUUACAACCCAGUUGAAGAGUAUCUUUCUUUCAUCGACAAUGCGUACUUCUCUGUGAAUGGUUUGCUAUCUGACUUCCCGAUAACACCAUCAGAAGCCAAAGUUUUGAGAGAACAAAUUGCCCGGGGUCAACCCAGGACACACAGACCAUGGAAGAAAAUCAUUGUUCUUGUGGAGGGUAUAUACAGUAUGGAAAGAGAGUUCGCAAACUUCCCGAGAUAGUUGCUAUAUGCAAAAAAU